AUGCCAGCGGCAUCUCUGUUCAUAUCGUUUGACGUUUCGUCAGCAGAACUGUUUGAGUUGACAAGUGGUGGUGUAAAAUUCAAGCUUCUGUCGCUGCGGUCGUCCCCGAACCUCAUGCUGGACAGCAACCGGAAGACCGUCGUGGUGCCGACAGGAGGAAGGGUUUCCACGACACCGGCCAUCAGAUCCUCUCCGUCCGGGAAAACUCCGGCCCGAUCGCUAACCGUCAUCGAUGGUGAACGCACUCCUCCGGCAAGUGCCCGCACAUCUUUGCUCAUUCCACGGCCAGUGUCCCAGAAAAAGCCAACCAAAAGGCACUCCCGGAUUGCUCCACCUCCCACAAAGACAUCCUCCGAGACGAGCGUCAAGGUGAAGCCAUCGAUUUUGACCAGUAUUCUGGAGGAUGAAGAAGUGAGAUGUGAGGAAUCUGAUCCUCCUCCACCGCCGGUAGAGGGCGCCGAAAGGAACGAGCAAGCAGACGAUGAUCGAGAAGACGAUCAGGAAGAUUUGGAUCGUACCUUGCAACAGGAUCACAUCGCUAAUGAGAUUAAUGAGUUGAACAACGUCAACCCUCCAGCAGGGGUCUCUACCAUGUCGAGGUCAUUGGAGACGGUCAUCGAGGAUGCGCGGUGUACGGUCAUCUGCAAACAAAAGUUUAUGGCCGCUCCAGUCCCAGCAAAGCCCAUCACUUCCGAAGUAUCCAUACCAGUCUGGGUGAACUACUGUUCCCUGUUCCUGGUGGUGCUGAUGUUUCUGCUCGUGGCUUUUUUGACGGCCUGUACGAUUAUUGUCAACUACGAUCACUUGAUGGCGUUUUGGGAUCCGAGCCACGCAGUUCAACCGCCCGAGGUCCAGCCGGAAGAACUAACCGGAUUUGACCUGCUGCAGCGGUGGCUUGGGGAGCUGUGGCAAAAUAUUGUAAAUUUGGUUUCUACUGGGAAGCGGUUCAGGAAAUAAUUUGUUUAAUUCUAGAAAAGAGUCGUCAAUAAAUGUAACGUUUUGUUGUGUUGAA